UUGGGGCAGGCGCCGCUGGUAAUCUCAUUCUUCCUCACGCUCGCCGUUCCACUCCUCUGCUUCCUAGCCGGGCACUGGAGGAGGGAGGGGAUGAGGGAGGCAGCGAGGCAUCACACGACCACUGGGUGGCACUCGGUAGUCGUGCGGUGUGACGCUUGUGGCACUGUGCCUGUUCUCCCGAGCCUCGCAUUGUGGUGUUGACUGUGGCGCGUGAUGGCCGGCGAUUCUCACGAAGACCCUGGCGGAGAUGCAGAGGGGGAAGGGAAGGUUGUGGAGACACACAGCCGCCACGCCUCCAUUGAGGAGGAGUCGCCCUCAUCUUCCUCGCCGUCCCCUGCUCCCUCUGAUGCUCCUGCCAGGCGCCUUUCGCUACCCGUGGCAAUGCCUGCCGCGCCAGACAGCGUGGCCGUCCCUCCGUCUGACCACAGACACAGGCGCCUCGACACAGUGAUUCCCGUCGCAAUGCUGGCUCCACAGUACCAUUCCGGAUACCGCGCCUGCCCCCACCGCGCCCAUGUCCUGGGGGGCGGACCGCCUUGUUAUUUGUGUUCUGUGCUUGACGCGCCGCCCAAGUACCGCAGGAAGGAGGCCAAGGGCUGGCAGAGAGUCAAAGAAAAGCUAGCUCUGUUUUCUCAAGGCACUCCGAUGCCUUCGCCAGGAGGCAGGUCACGGGGCCACGAGCCUCCCGCCUCUGUCUUCACUGUCAGCGAGUGGCCGCCCAGCAACACGCCGUGUGCGGAACCCACAGAGGAAGUCCCUGCUCCCCUGAGUGGCUCGCCUGAUCAGAGGCGGGCACAGGAGAGGGACAACCCUGCCUUUGACGCCCAAGACUCGGUGGAGGGCGGUGAGGAGUGCAGGGCGGCACAGCUCCCUCCCGUCAGCGCCACCUUCGAGCACUCGUUCGCGCCCCAUCCCCCCGCCCUCAUCACCAACACACACCUGCCAUCCAUCCUGCUGCCCGAGGACGACACCGAGGAGCGCACUACCAGAUGCAGCAGACGCAUGGUGUGCCAGCUCCUCUAUUCCUUCCUCUUGGCCACCGCAAGCAGCACCAUCAUCGUCAACUACGACCAGCCCUUCCUCGUCAUCAUCAGUGUCAUCGUCUUCCUCGCAUUGUUCGUCUUCCUGCCCAUCAUCGCCGUCCUUGAGUGUCUCUUCCGCUGCAAGAUGGAGCGAGACUUCCGCCAAUAUAUCAACGGCAUCAUGACCUCCUCCACACCCGCAGUCACUACCCCUGUCCUCUAGCACGCGCCAAUCCUCAUCUUAUCCACACUUAAUCUAUACUUCCUCCUCACCUUCUCCACACCUCAUCCUGACUACACUGCCAUGAAAGAACGUAAGAAGUCACACCGCGGAAACACCACUCGAGGCUUCACGAGCGCGAUGACAGCAAGGGCGAGAGUAGAAGUGGUGACAGUGUAGGAAGAAGGAAUGCAAGGCUGUGACGAUGCCGAACUUCAGACCGCGGGUGAUAAUGCGCACCUACUUGCUUUGAGCUUGCAUGACACCGUAACCAGAAAAAGUGAAAAACGGUAGUUUAUGAAGUUCUUAGUAUGAUUACAAAGGAAGUAUUACAACAGGACUAAAUGUUGGCAUUCCUGUAGGCCUAAGGCUUAGAGACAAUUUAUUUUUCCCUCCAUCACACAAGUAAGUUAUGAGUGAGUGUGAUUGCCUCUAACUUGUUGGUAUGAGGAAAAGGAGAGGGCAGUGCGGGACGAACGAACGAACAAACGAACGAAUACAAGGACAUUGCUUGCGUUAGAUCAUGAAUAGAAAACGUGGAUAAGAUUAUGUUGUGCAUUACAUUUGAAGUCCUGUGAGCUUCAUGUUUCAUUGGACACGUACGUGUGUGUGUGUGUGUGUGUGUGUGUGUGUGUCCUUCACCACGCCCUUACACACCACCCAGUCGUGGCUCAGCAGGCCACGUCACUGGCGCAGCCAUGCUCUGGUCUUUGUCCACUCUCGGGAUGGCGUGUCCCGCGCGGCGCCAAGGGUGCCUCGGCGCGGUGCCCAGCACAGCCUUAUGUUCACUCCCGCUGCCGCUGCUCCUCCCUCAGCGUCAUAUAGUUAUUGACCUUUUCUUAAUGCAAGUUCAAUGAAUUAAGGUAAAUUUGUAAAGCGUUACCUUCAGUCCAUGAACAGAACGUACUACGGAAAAUUCUGUAUCUACAGUUGACGUCUAUACGGAGACACAGUCACUCUCCCCGAGAUUACUUCCAGUGUAAUAUAAUACAUACUUGUGUUAUUAUGAUGUUAUUCUUUCUUUAUAAGAAAGGCUACUGGUGAGAGCUUUAACUCAUCAGUAUUUGCACCAUUUUAAGGUGUCAAUAUCACUAUGCACAUAUAUUACAGGAAACACAUCUAUACGUACAGAUAACUUCGACACCCACAGACCACAAACCAGUACAAAUGAUUCCCUUUGAACUCAGUGGUAAGCUGUGCAAGCUGUGGGACGGCGCAUCACCAUUCAUCAGCCAGUGCCAGUAGCCGCUCGCUUGCGUCAUGCGGCGAUCCCACCACCUGUGUGUGUGUGCGUGUGUGUGUGUGUGUGUGUGUGUGUGUGUGUGUGUGUGUGUGUGUGUGUGUGUGAAUAUGUGAUAUAUAUAUAUAUAUAUAUAUAUAUAUAUAUAUAUAUAUAUAUAUA